UCCCAUUAUUUAAUUUGAAUCUGGAUUUCCAUGCCUUAGAGGAAGAGGAAGAAGAGAGAGAGAGAGAGAGAGAUGGAUAGCUCCAAUGGCAUUGGAUUGGUGGCAGUCGUAGCGGUAUCGAGUAGCGUAGCCUUCAUGGCCCUUCAAGCUCAGAAGCAUCUCCUUUCUGAGUUCAUGAAGAAGUUAGAAAAAGAACUUGGUGGUGAGCAAAAGGGUGCAAAGAAGAAGGUUAGAUUUGCGCCUGAUGUAAUUGAUCCAUCAUCAAAUAACAAGGAGUAUAGAAGGCGUCACUCAAAGACACCAAUCAAGCAAAAUCGAGCAACGAGCAAUUCGUCCAUGUCUCUAGAACUUAUGAGUUAGAGUGGGAAAAUAUCGCCAUUGUUAAUCAAUCUCUUUUUUAUUUGAUUUCACAGUGGAUGGGUUGCAGCCAAACCCAUUGCACAGGAAAAUGUAUUCCUUUUUGGUUGUUGAUGAAAUAUGUAUCCUUUUUUUGUAAAAUGAAAAAGAAUUCUAAUCAUAAUUUUGUGUCCAACUUCCAGCA